GGAAGAUCCUGCGCUAUUGAAGCAGGGCUUGACUCUUGAGGAUGGUGCAGAACAUGGAGAUCAACGUAUCCGUCCUGACUGAGUCUGAGCAAGAAUUCAUACUAGAGGUCCUUCGGCGAGAUGAGGAGCUGAGGCGCUUGGAGGAGCUGCGCGUGAAGAAGCUGAAAGCUGAGUUGCUGGAAAUCAAAAGAAAGGGUGCGAAACGUGGCAGUGGGAAAUACAGUGAGCGCAGCUGUGGCCGCUGCCAAGAGCCUAUGGGCCUUCUGACCCGCAGCGGUAGCCAGUGCAGAGUAUGCAAACAUCAGGUUUGCAGAAAAUGUCAAUCUAUUCGACCCAACGGAUCUUGGAUGUGCACCGUGUGUGCCAAAGAGAUAGAUCUGAAGAUGUGCACUGGAGACUGGUUCAAUGACGAGAGGGUUAACCGCUAUUCUACAGCUCCUGGACACAACUUGGUCCGAGUUUUCCUCAGGAAAAGGCCUCUGAGUAAAAAGCAUGAGACAACUGGGGAAAUGCUAUUAAACAGAGCUGAGUUGAAUUCCAGUCAAACUGUUCCUGUGCCCAAGCCAAAACUGAAGGACAUUGCACUAGCAAAUAAGAGCUCACCUCUUGAGACUUAUGAGGGACUUGAUGUGCGAGAGCAACAGCAUAGUGACACAGACUCAAUAGAAAAAGCCAGUCUGGGCAGCAGCCUUGCUGAGACCGAAUCAUCCCACAGUACCCCCCUAAUGCAAAGAAAAGAGGAACCGACAGCCAAGACUAGUCCAGCAGGCUCUGCAGUGUCCAUCUUGAUGGUCCCCGCUAACAGUGAAAGCCCAUCUACCAAUGAGACAGCCUCAUUAAUUCAUCACAUGAAUGCGUGCUCUGACUCAUUGCGUGAUGUGGAUAGGCUUUUCAAGAAAAGUGUUAGAAGAGUGCACAAACUAUCAGAUAUUAAACCAGCCUCCACACUUGAUUUGCGUAAAGAUGGAACAGAAAAUGUUGCACCCUCUAUGGGAGAUAGAAGCCAGUCAGUUCCUGGCCUUAAUGCUGAUGAUGAUGAGGAGGAAGAUAUUGAUAACUUGGUGAAUAUACACAGGCAGAAAUUCGGUGAUAGCUCGGGAAGUCUGGGAGGGUACUCAAGGGCCACUCUUGGUAGUACAAUGAGUGUGUACAGUGAAGCAGGAGACUACGAUCGUGUGAAAGUGAGUGGAGAUAUUUUCUUCUCUCUCAGCUAUGAUGAGGCGAGCCAGAGCCUGUCUAUUGUGGUCCGUGAGUGUAAAGGACUGGCUUAUGCUGAUGCAGCAAAAAAGAAGUGCAACCCAUAUGUCAAAGCUUACCUCCUCCCAGACAAGAGCAAGAAGAAAACCUCAGUCAAACAUAACAUUAACCCCAGUUUUAAGGAAACCCUGAAGUAUUCCAUCAGCCGCACCCAGCUAAUGACUCGAACACUACAACUCUCAGUUUGGCACUACGACCGUUUUGGCCACAAUGCAUUUCUGGGAGAGGUGGAGGUACCAAUGGAUAGCCAUGACAUUGACACUGCACAUCAAGAGUGCAUGGCUCUUAGAGGAAAGGCAGCUGCCCAGCCAGCAUCUCCAUUCGAUCAGUACAAAGGCGAGUUGGUGAUUUCACUGAAGUGUGUCACAGCAUACAAGACACAUCCAGAGGACUCUAAUGGAAAAGGAAAAAAUACCAUACCCGCGGAUGGUACUGAGCUGCACGUGUUGAUCAAAGAGGCCAAAAACUUGACAGCCAUGAAAACUGGAGGCACAUGCGAUUCCUUUGUGAAAGGGUAUCUGCUGCCAUCAAAGAGCAAGUCUUCCUCAAAGAAGAAGACUCCGGUAGUGAAGAAGACAAAGAACCCAAACUACAACCACACAUUUGUGUACAACGACCUGAGUCUGGAGAAGCUGAAGGAUGUAUGUCUGGAGCUCACUGUCUGGGACAGAGAGUCCCUGUCCAGCAAUGACUUCCUGGGAGGAGUUCGCCUCAGCUUGGGAGGAGUGACUAUCAAGGAGGGAAAGGAAAAGUGGAUGGCAGACUCCACAGGGGAGGAGAUCUUGCUGUGGAAGAAGAUGAUGCAGUACCCCGACUCUUGGGCAGAGGGCACUCUUCCACUGCGAUCGUCCAUGGGAAACGCUGAAUGGAUGUUUUCAAAUACAACAUCAUUUGAAUCCUGUUCUUAAAAAUGAAUGUUUGGAGACUGUAAAUGUUUUAAUUUGAAUAACACUUUGGUUUUAAAUGUGCACUUAAUGUACGGCCCAAAAUGUGCAUGUUUAAACACAAUGUAUUUUAAUGUCAUAAUGCUGAUUUACUCCAUUGUGAGCACCUUCUUUUUAGGAGCUACACAAAAAUACCAGCAUUUAAUAAAUAUUACAUCUUUUUAAGAAUCCACAUUGUGUGCUGUGCACUCAAUUAUAGAUAGUUAAAAUUAUUUUUCUUAGGAAUAUGUAUAUCUUGUGCAACCCCACCUGGCAGUUUUC